CGCCAGCUCGCGGUAUACGGGGGCGGCGGCGAGAUGAAGAACCUUAAGGUGGUUACCAGGGUAGUGCAGAAGCUCCAGCUCCAGCUCGAUGGGGAGACGGUAGUAGUCUCCGCCGUCGACGCCGAGCGCCGCCGCGCGUUCUUCGUGUCCUCCGAGAACUUCCUCUACUCCGUCGACCUCCCCGCCCCCACCCAGCAACCACUGCAAUGGAGCGAAACCACCCUAGUCUCCAAUGCAGAGGAGGUUGUCCUUGAACCUGGAGAUUACAUAGUUGCCAUGGAUUAUCUAAUGGAGAAGGAGGCUCUGCUGCUUGGUUCAUCAACUGGUUGUAUAUUGUUGUACAACGUGGAUGAGAAAACCACUGAAGUUGUGGGAAGACUGGAGGGCGGUGUCAAGACCAUUGCCUCUAGUCCUGAUGGGGCCCUUAUUUCUGUUACGUCUGGGUUUGGGCAAUUACUUGUCAUGACAAAUGAUUGGGAAAUGUUGUUCGAGACUUCUCUCAACCCUGAUAGUGAUCCUGCAGGUGAAAUCAACUGUCCCAGUGGUCAGAUCCAAAGUUCUGUUUCUUGGAGGGGUGAUGGAAAGUUUUUUGCUACGCUUGGUGGGCUUGAAGGGAGCUCUCAGAAACUUACUAUCUGGGAUCGUGAAUCAGGAAAUAUGCAUUCUUCUUCAGAUACCAAGGCUUUUAUAGGAGCAUCACUAGAUUGGAUGCCAAGUGGAGCCAAGGUUGCCACUGUACAUGACCGGAAGGCAGAAGGAAAGUCUCCUCUUGUUGUAUUCUAUGAAAAGAAUGGCUUAGAAAGGAGCCACUUUUCUAUUGAUGAGCCAGCAGAGGCAGUCAUCCAAGCUUUAAAAUGGAACUGCAAUUCUGAACUCCUAGCUGCUCUAGUUUCUUGUGGCCAGUAUGAUGCCGUCAAAAUAUGGUUCUGCAAUAACAAUCACUGGUACUUGAAACAAGAACUGCGCUAUGCAAAGAAAGAAGGGGUGAGGUUCUAUUGGGAUCAAACAAAACCAAUGCAUCUUAUCUGCUGGACAUUAGAUGGUCAGGUCAUCACGCACAGGUUUGCUUGGACUACCGCUGUCAGUGAGGCUUCUAUUGCACUUGUUAUUGAUGGUUCGAAUAUCCUUGUGAGUCCUCUCAAUUUGGGUCUUAUGCCACCCCCAAUGUCUUUGUUCCAUCUUUCAUUUCCUUGUGCUGUGAAUGAGGUUUCUUUCCUAUCCGAUAACUCGAAGAACCACAUUGCUGCUUAUCUUUCAAAUGGAGGUCUGUGUUUGUUGGUACUUCCAGUGGCAGAUACUUGGGAAGAGUUUGAAGGCAGCGGGAUAUCUGUUAACCUUUGCUUUUCUGAGUCAACGCUGAAUAACUAUAUGCACCUGACUUGGAUUGAUACAGAUACCUUGAUCGGUAUUUGUUGCCACAGUGACUCCUGCUCUUCAACAAUCAUGAACUCCAGUGGAGUUAGUGGCCUUCCAGAGAAACAUAACUCACCAUAUUUUGUCAAUGAGAUUGAACUUGUCUGUUCUGAGGAUUCUUUGCUAGGUUCAGUCUGCUCAUCUGGUUGGCACGCAAGAAUAUCAAAGAAAAUGCCUCUGCAGGCUCCAGUUAUUGGAAUAUCUCGAAAUCCAGCAAAAGGAGGUUCAGCCUUUAUUCAGUUAAGUGGAGGAAGGAUUGUUGAAUACUGCUCAAAUGUGAAUUUGUUUAGAAUGUCUUCCCCAAUACAUGUUAGUGAAGCCAGUUCUGACUAUGCUUUUCCAACGUCAUGCCCUUGGAUGACUGCUGUCCUAUGCCAUGAAAAUGGUAUAGUUAUGCCACUUCUCGUUGGACUUGAUGACAGCAGCAAGUUGCAUGUGGGCAAAAGGUUAUUGAGCAGCAACUGUAGCAGUUUCACAUUCUAUUCCAGUGCUUAUGGAGCUACUGAGAAGGUUGUGACCCACUUGCUUGUGACUACUAAGCAGGAUCUUUUGUUCAUUGUGGAUAUCAAUGAGAUUUUACUGAGAAACGGUGAGGUGACGAUUGAUAACCAUAUCAGGAGUCAUCCUCGAGGAAAGCAAAGCAAAGAGCAUAUCACUGUAUGGGAAAAGGGAGCAAAGCUGAUUGGUGUUCUCCAUGGUGAUGACGCAGCUGUCAUAAUGCAAACCACCCGUGGUAACUUAGAGUGUAUAUACCCGAGGAAGCUGGUCCUUGUUUCAAUUGUUCAGGCACUGGUUCAGGGACGUUUUAGAGAUGCAUUAGACAUGGUAAGGCGCCAUCGGAUUGAUUUCAAUAUGAUAGUUGACUACUGUGGCUGGAAAGUUUUUGUAAAGUCCGCGGCAGAUUUUGUUAAACAAGUCAAUAAUCUUAGCCACAUCAGUGAAUUUGUUUGUUCAAUAAAGAAUGAGAAUGUCAGCAGCAAAUUGUAUGAGACCUACAUAACAUUUCCUGAUCAGUGUGCAACCUCUGUGGCCGAUGCUGUAAAUUCAGAUGGCCUAUUGUCAGAUAACAAAGUCACAUCUGUGCUGAUGGCAAUUCGAAAAGCCCUUGAUGUGCAGAUUGAAGAAAGCUCAUCAAGAGAACUCUGUAUACUGACUACUUUAGCCCGUAGUGAACCUCCGCUGUUGGAGGAAGCACUAAAUAGAAUAAAAGCCAUUCGAGAACUGGAACUUCUUGGGAUUGAUGAUUCCAGGAGAAAGCUUUACCCAUCUUCUGAAGAGUCCCUGAAGCACUUGCUUUGGUUGACUGACCCAGAGGCUGUUUUUAAUGCUGCUUUGGGACUGUAUGAUCUGAAUCUUACUGCUAUAGUAGCUUUGAAUUCCCAAAAAGAUCCAAAAGAGUUCAUUCCUUUUCUCAAGAGUCUUGAAUGCCUUCCUCCUGCUAUUAUGAAGUACACGGUUGAUUUAAGACUUGGAAGAUAUGAAAGUGCUCUUAAGAACAUUGUUUCUGCUGGUAAUGAGUAUCAUGAGGACUGUAUGAAACUCCUCAAUUCUAACCCUCAAUUGUUCCCUCUGGGCCUGCAGUUAUUUACUGACCCAGAUAAAAGGCAUCAGAUUCUUGAGGCAUGGGGUGACCAACUUUCUGAAGAGAAAUGCUUUGCGGAUGCUGCAAUAACUUAUCAAUGUUGUUCAUCAUAUCACAAGUCUUUGAAGGCAUAUCGCGCUUGUGGGGAUUGGAGAGGUGUAUUCACUGUUGCUGGUCUUCUGAAGUACAAAAAUGAAGAAAUUAUUCAACUAGCCCAUGAACUAUGUGAUGAGUUCCAAGCACUUGGAAAACCAGGGGAUGCUGCUAAAAUAGCACUGGACUACUGUUCAGAUGUUGAAAGAGGUGUUUGUUACUAUGUCACGGCAAGAGAAUGGGAAGAAGCUCUUCGAGUAGCUUAUAUGCACAACCGGCAGGAUCUGGUUGACAAUGUUAGAGAUGCAGCUUUGGAAUGUGCUGCUUUGCUGAUUUCUGAGUAUCAAGAAGGAUUGCUAAAGGUGGGUAAAUAUCUGGCUCGUUAUGUUGCUGUGCGGCAGAGGAGACUGUCACUAGCAGCCAAGCUCCAGUCAGAAGACCGAUUUAUGGAUGUUGAAGAUGACAAUAUCUCAGAAGUCAGCACUAGCUUCAGCGAAAUGAGCGCGUAUACCACGAGGUCAACUAAGGAGUCAAGUGCUUCUGUCAUAUCUAGUAAUGCCAGCAAGUCAAGAGGAGCAAGGCGACAAAAGAAAGGUGGCAAGAUACGAGCUGGAAGCCCUGGGGAGGAGAUGGCACUUGUGGAGCAUCUUAAAGGAAUGUCUCUGACCUCUAGUGCUCUAACUGAGCUUAAAAGCCUACUUGUGGUUCUAAUACAACUAGGGAAAGAAGAAACUGCCCGUCUGGUGCAGCUGGCUGGAGAUAAUUUUGAGCUAUCUCAAAGGGCUGCAGUGAAGUUGGCUGAGGAUACUGUUUCUAACAAUAAGAUAGAUGAGAAUGCACAUACACUUGAGCAUUACGUGAAAAUGGUGAGAGCUCAUCAGCCCGCUGAUAGUGAAGCCAAUUGUUGGCGAAUCAAAGCAUUGUCACCGCCUAGGAUUGGUGUGUAACUGUGUACUCCAAUUCACAUGGAGUAAAUUGACAAGGGCGUUACGGGUUGUGAAAAAACUUUUUCAGGCCUGUUGAGUAGUAAGCAGUAGUCACUGUUGGGAUGGAGUGGAACGAGAGGUCGCAAGAUUGAUUUCGGUGGCAUUGUUUCUUGCAGUAGUCAAGGAGUAACUCGGUUAUAUCUGAUCAAUUGUAGCCAGUUUCCAAGAUAUGUAUGUGGUCUGGAUUAUCACGUCAUAGUGGUGAAACAUUUUUGCUCAUUACUCCUUGAUAGAUCCUGGCUAAAGCUGCUGCUGGGACAUGGUUUGCUCAUUAUGGCUUUUAAGACUAAAUGUUGCAGCCGAGGCCACCGGAGCAUCUACAGCUUUCGUCUGUGGAACAUUUUUGGUCAUGUAGUUACUAUGUAUGGAGUAAAGUUUACAUCAGUUUAUCUGAAAUUUCAUUCCCGAUUGUGCAUCAAAUUGGAGCAAAAACGUGCUACAUUCACGAGGUUUUACGUCUCUUUUAUACCAAAUUUGAUUCCCGAUGUUUUACCGGUAAGAUUGUUGGAAUUUGUGU